UUCAGCCAUGGUGUUUUACUCAUGAGUUUACAUUGACGACCUCAUCAUAUCUGUCUCUUGUGUGAUAUUUUUAAACAUCUGUUUUUGGGAUUGUGUUUAUGCCUGAAUGAGUACUGUGUUUCCCUUUUCUUCUUGUGUGAAUUUCCUGUAGGCCUCUCCUCUUUUUUCAUAAUAUAAUGGGACAACUUCAUGUUAGCCUAAAAAGUCAUGUGACCGAAACAUCUCAGACAUAAAAACUGAGGAAGUCAUAUCAGUUUAUGUAAUAGACAAAACAGGCUAAAUAAAUCAAUCACAUUUGUCUUUACAAUAUAACUAGAUGCAGAAGAUCCUCAUUGAGGAAAAAGAGGAAAACUCUACAUACAAGUGCAGAAAUUGUGCAGCGGAUCAUUCAGCUUACGGCAGGUUAUUUACCUUUAUGGUCUUUUCACUAUGCACCAGUCACCCAUGCCUUGUUUACUGAUGUGCAAAAGUUAUUUCUUACUCGAAUAGGACUUUUCUUUUGAAAGGAUUUGAGACAAAGAUAAUAACAAGGAUGGUAACUAAUUGUCUCCAUGUGCAUUAUGUUGGCUGCAGGGAUACAAGGGGUCCUUUACUGUCCGUGCCCCCACGCAGUCCUCUUACAUAAUGCAAAAGCCACACACGGCUCUCGGCGCUUUAGUCAUCCGAACGAAAAGAUUAUGUGUGCAGUCCGUACAGGGGGGAGUCGAAAGUGGGCAGGGAGGGGAGGGAGCAGGGGGGAGGGAGGUUAGGGGAGGUGGGGCGGAUCCCUCAAACUGAGAAGACUUUAAAGCUCCUGACAAAGCAGAGGAGGUGCUGCGGGAUGUGACAGGGUUCAGAGCUGAGCUGAGCUGAGCCGAGCCAGGAGCUGUCCGCGGUGCUGAACAUCUGCUGCUGCUGCCGCUGGAUCUUCAUCAUCAUCAUCAUCAUCACCAUCACUUUGUGUUCCUGAUUCCACGUCCUCACCUGUAACAGCAGCCGGCAAAGUAUCCUGGUGAGUGAUUCCCCAAAUGACGAGGUUCCUGGUAACUCAGGAUAAAGACAGCAGUAUAAAAAUAGAAGCUUUUUCAGCAAAUCAGCAGCUCAGAGCAGCACGGCCAAACUAUUCAAGUGAUUUGAAUACCAAUACAUUCUUUGAAGCCCCACAACACGGAUCAUUUACUGCCUGCAAGCACUUUGAUUGAUCUAUGGAACAGCCCCCUCUAGGGCUGCCAUUGGACACUUGAAAUAUUGACAAAUAAACUGAGGACCGUGCAAAUGAUUUGAAGUUGAAGUGGUGACCUCGGCUUUUGUGCUGUUGGCUUCUCCUGAGAGUGUAUGUGUUAGAAAAGAGAAAAAACACCGGCCAGUUCAGUCUAAUUAAACUUCAGUGAGCAUGCUUCAGCUUGCUGCUUGGAUCACCAGAGGGCUUAUUAGUUUGUACUGCUGAUUUGCCCCGUGUUAUUUCUGCUGGAACAAUUUUCUUUGCCCCCGUGGCUUGUGGGAAACGCAGUGGUCAAGUUCAGUCUGACAGCAGCUUCCAGAUUUCACCAUGUGAUCUUCCUCAGUAACAAUAAAUCACACUCAGUAACAAAGAUGACCCUGCAGAGCCGUGCCAUCCCAGACAUCUCCUGACUGCAAACUAAAUCGUGCACAGUAAACAGCUUUAACCUUCAAAACAUUCCCUAAAAAUGAGCGACACAAACUACUGGGUUGUGGACUAUGAGCUCUCCUCUCCUGCUCCGCUCGGGUUCCCAAGAGGCCCAACAGUGCUGCAGCCCAUGGCAGGACAACCGGAGCAGGGAACAGCCCUGUGUUUUGUGGGCCUCCUCGUGCUGCUGCUGCUCUUUCUUGUCGUUCGAUGCGUCCGCAUCCUGCUGGACCCCUACAGCAGCAUGCCGGCUUCCUCCUGGACGGACCAUAAGGAGGGGCUGGACAGAGGACAAUUUGAUUAUGCGCUCGUGUAAAGACAGAGGGGGAGCGAUGAGAAGAGGGACUUUAGAUUAAUAAUGUUUAUCCUGUGCUCUGCUAAAAGCUUCUGUUUCCAAAGUUUCAUCUCUUGAAAGAAACAAUAUGUUACAGCGUAUUUGCUGUUUUGUUAAGGUAAUGGAAGCUGGCAGUUGUCUUCUGCAAGACAACAGUAUCAAAAGCAUAAAACAUAAGCUGUAUAUUGAGGACAUGCAGCAUGCCAGAGAGAUAGCAAGGGAACAGACACACCAGAAGCCCUUUGUCCAUUUUCAUUUACAGUAAUUAAUGUCUUAUAGGAGACUAGUGGUGCGUAUGAUGUUACACUGCAGCUUUCAGAGUGACAAACACCACAGGAAGACAAUGAUCAGUAUUGCAGCAUUACCUUAUGGCUCCUGUUUAUCAUGUCAUUAUGUAAUUCUAUAACGUUUUUACAAAUCCCAGGGCUGAAUUAUAAAUAGAGAGCAGAGCUGCUGCAAGAGAGGUCCUGAUCAAAUAAAAGAGAAAUUAAAUGAGUUUAGGGCAGACAUGGAAGUCAACAGAACUAAUACACACUGUUACUGCAGAUUUAGAGACAAGACUGUAAAACUUAAUAUGUUAUGAAAAAGUUUUUCUCUGCAGCUUUUUUUCCUACUUUUUUUAGGAGGUACAGCUGAACCAAAAAUGAAGAGAUGUCAUAUUAGUAAACCUCCUUUUUAUUUAUUUUAAAUGUGAACAAUGCUGGAUAUCAUGUAGCAUUUCUACCGCCUCUAAGAUGAUCCUCAGGUAAAAUGAUUUCUAACCAACCAAAGCCUCGAUAAUUUGAGGGAAUUGUUUAAUUUGCCUCCUGAAACUGAGCUCCAGCUGCUGUUUGUGUCGCUCUAUUUUGUUUCAAAUUCACUGUGUCCUCAGUCUCAAUUCGCUCUAAAAUCUGAAAGUUCAUAAUACAUAACAGUUAAUAACAGCCUGUUUUAUUUGGGGUUUUGCUUUUGCGUGUCACCAUCCCUUUAAGAGGCUUAUGAGGCUCAGUGCCGAGGGUCGCAGCGCCGGCUGAAUAUGUGUCACAUAAAGUUGUGAUUAUGAAAUGCAUGUACACCAAUUUCCUCCCCUCUAAUCCUUUUUGCCUUUAGGCCCCGUCCAGUGCACCAGCCAAAACUGUUCAACAGUGCCUGUAGGAAUAUAAGAAAAGAUAAUAUCUAUUUCAUACUAAUGAUGUUUCUGCUCCUUUUGCCACUUGUUUUGUAACAUCAUUUUUGCCCUUAUUAUACUAUAAAGCCCUUUAAAACAUGGCUCUGACAGGCUCUUUAUAAAUAAAGUUUAGUAUUGAUAUUUUAUUGAUUUGUUUAAAAGUUGUUUGAUUCCUUAGUGAUGACCAAAAAGCUGUUUGAUGAAAUAUUAAACUGUUGUGUGUGUGGUUCAACUUCCUGGAUGUAGACUCUUGCUUGUAAAAAGUAGAUAUUUUCCUAGUGUUUCUUUAAAGUGGCAUUCGGUUUUUUAAUGAAAUAAAAGCUUUU